CACAAUAUCGUACGUUUUCAUCAUACACCGUUCUACUUAUUUGCAGAAAUAAUCAAAGUAAUUGGUAAUCAACGAAAUUCAUAUGCGAUAAGAACAUUUUCAAUGAAUGACAAUAAAUGUGUUGGUCGUAUGGAGAAAAAUAAACAGUUAACCGACGUUUCUUUGCAUUGAUUUCCCGCCCACCUGUCAAACUUGAACAUUUUGGAAAGUCUACCAACGUAAGACUCAUAGACCGAUGGUGGACUGUCACGGGAUAUUAAUGAAGAAGGGUUACUUUAUCUUUAAGUCCUUUUAACUCUGCUAUUAUGUGUGCUUGAAAUAUAAAAAAAUGAAUAAAAGUGUCGUUCAACAAGUAAUUUUGAUUUUAUUCAUAUUUAAUAUCAGCACAAAGAGUGAAAAUGUAAAGCGUUCAACACAAAGAUGGAAAUAUAAACCGCCAGAAUGGGACCUAACACCUCCAUUUACAGACAUGGGUUAUUUUGUACCAUCUACAACACCAGGUGUGUUCAACGAAGCUGCAAGGCAAGGUGGAGGUGAUAAAAAUAGACACUACAUUGAGGCUACAUUCUCAAAAGCAUCAGGGCGCACUACACAACACCAUGUAUCAGCACACGAACCUUGCGAUUACAUAGUUCUUACCUGUCUAAGAGCUUAUCAGACUGGGAAAGUUUGCGGCAGAACCAGUUAUUAUCGUACAAUGACCUUCAAAAACUAUUGUAUGCUGACUUACGCGAAUUGCAUCUUGAGAUAUGAAUAUUUUGUACUUGCUCAUAUGGGAGAAUGCUUUCGGAUUUAUCCUGGUCCACCUGGUAAAGGAUAUAAGACUCAGCCAGAGCAAAAAGUAAACUACAAAGUAAUGACCGCAUCACAAUUACUGCGACAUCGCGAUGGACCUCAGGGCCUGGCGGGGCCGGAAAACGGAGCGCGGUAUAAAGAAGCCUGGUAGAUUUUAUGGUUGGUCUUGGGAAUGUGGUUACCAUUUAAACACCAGAGAUAUGUACCCUCAGACGGACCUGGGCACUUAUAUAUUCAAAGAUCCAUUUCCAUGGCCACAGGUUUAAUUAUAGUUUGUGUACAUAUAUUAAAUUAAAAAUAU